AAACCCUGGAGUGUUGCCCUCAUCUCCAUUGGAAGACUGUAAUAUCGCAUUGUAUAAAUAAUCCAGAAAUCUUCCACAUUGCAAGCUAAAUUACAGACGCAUGCCACUGCACCCGCUCUGGGAGACCGUGGACCUGGUCCCCGGGGGCGAGCGCCAGUCGCCCAUCAACAUCCGGUGGAGGGACAGCGUCUAUGAUCCUGGCUUAAAACCGCUCACCAUCUCUUACGACCCCACCACCUGCCUCCAUGUCUGGAAUAACGGGUACUCUUUCCUCGUGGAAUUUGAAGAUUCUACAGAUAAAUCAGUGAUCAAGGGAGGACCCCUGGAGCACAACUACCGAUUGAAGCAAUUCCAUUUUCACUGGGGGGCCAUCGAUGCCUGGGGCUCCGAGCACACCGUGGACAGCAAAUGUUACCCGGCAGAGCUGCAUUUGGUGCAUUGGAAUGCAGUCAAAUUUGAAAACUUUGAGGAUGCAGCAUUGGAAGAACAUGGUUUGGCUGUGAUCGGAGUAUUUUUAAAGCUAGGCAAACAUCACAAAGAGCUACAGAAAUUGGUGGAUACUUUGCCAUCGAUCAAGCAUAAGGACACCCUUGUGGAAUUUGGGUCAUUUGAUCCUUCCUGCCUAAUGCCUGCCUGCCCAGAUUACUGGACCUACUCAGGGUCCCUGACUACCCCGCCACUCUCCGAGUCCGUCACCUGGAUCAUUAAGAAGCAGCCUGUAGAGGUUGAUCAUGAUCAGCUUGAACAGUUUCGGACCCUGCUUUUCACUUCAGAGGGGGAGAAAGAGAAAAGAAUGGUGGACAAUUUCCGCCCCCUUCAGCCCCUAAUGAAUCGCACUGUCCGCUCUUCCUUCCGUCAUGAUUAUGUACUGAAUAUACAAGCGAAACCCCAGCCUUCAACUAGCCAAGUGACCCCCUAAGGUGCUCAUCUCUAAGCAGUACUUUGCUUUAAUAAAUACUAGCUUUUUAAAAAUUGCUAACUGGACUAUUCUAAACACCUGCAUUUAAUAAUAAUUAUAGAUAUGCAUUUCUUGGUGUGGCAGUGCUUUGUCAGUCUUUGAGGAAAGCUCUUUGGUAAACGAGUUCUUAAUUUUAUUGAUAAUGACAUCUAACGCUGAAGUAGCAGCACAAGACGGGAGUUUCUCCUUACAGCAACCUGUUGGUAAUUGUAAUGUCUUUUUAUGUCUGAUAUUUCUGCGCUGCCCUUUUAUGUUUAUUAGUAGCUCUGUAGAGUUAUAAGUAGGGAUGGUAAUCAAAAUAUUUAACAACUAGAAAGGCACAGACACCAUCCAGAAGGCAGGCCUUUCAGAAACAACCCUAGGGCCCAAACUGGUACUUCCUGGCUCGCUGAACAUUGGCCAUGGUUUUAGGUAUAUUUUAUUUUAAAACAUGAAUGUAUAUUCUUUUAUGAGGCCUUCUCAGUAUUUGCCCUGAUCUUCAGUUGUCAUUCCUAGUACAUGAUAUGCUUACUAUCAAUUUAUGGUAUAGAAAAAAUAUUUUGUAGUUCAAAGAAAACAAGAUUUUACUUAUAACUGGGAAUCCUUUUGCACUUCUGAAGAUUAGAUAUAUUACUUCAGGACUUGAUCAUAUAGAAAGCAUAUGCAGAACAUUUUAAAGAAAAUGCCUGAAGUGCCUAGAAUUUAAAAUUCUUUCAUGACAUAUUUACAGAAAUCUUUUUCGAAAGACUAGUAAUAUAACAGUCUAUAGUUUAUAGUGUUAUUUUGCAUUGUUUGUACACUGUUUCAUAAAAUAUAAUGUUUUCCACAAUGA